CAUCAUCAGCUCAGACACAACAAAAUCCCCAAAACCAACCCACCCCAAAACUCACAGGGUUUUUCAGAAUAAUACCAAUCUCUUUCAAUGGCGGACACCACCGCAGAAGUAGAGCAAGAAACGCCGCCACCGCCAUCAUCAUGCUACUCGGUGAUUCUGAGAAUUAUGAGCAAAAGGAGAACAUGGGUAUGUAUAUUCGUGCUAGUGUACGCCAUCCUCCUGACUUCUUCGUGGAACUUCCUCAAAUCCUUGCUCUCCUGGUACAAAUUGCAACCCCAGUCGUCUUCGUCGUCGUACGGAUGGCCUGCCCUUUACGCCUCGGUGCUUCUGGGGGUGGUAUUCGGGCUGCUUUCGAUGUUCGCGGCGCUUGCAGUGAUGGUUCCGGCCACUCUGGUGACGUGGAUCACCAUCGUGGUUCUGCUGGCCUUCUUCGGGAAGCCGAGGAGGGCGUUGGUGGUGGAAGGGAGGAAGAUUACGAGAGAGAUUGUUGGGAUUGUGAUGAGGAUUUUGUUGAAGGAAGGGAACUUGGUGGCUGCUGGUUGCGCUGUUUUGGGGUAUUUUGCACUUUUUAGGAGGAAUGGGAGUGAGGUGAUUGACUGAUUGCCUGAUUUGGUUGUUGGGGUUUUGGAUUUUGCCGCAAUGAGCAAAUUUUCAAGAUGUCUUAUCUCCGUUGCUGGCGGAAGCCAUGGCGAUUAGAGGACCUUUUCGAUUGAAUGUGAUUCGCUUCUGAUUGUUUUGGCGUUGAGGGCCCUUUGGUUAACCUGUAUCCGAUGGGACAGAUUAUCGAAGACACGAAGUCCUUGCUCCCGACAAUCACUGAAGUUACAUGUACACCCAUAUCCGUCGCCAAGCCAACAAUUUCGUUCAUCGUUCGGUUCGUUAUGGUCUAAGUGUAGAUUACAUUUGUGUAUGUUCUGGUAAUCCUCCUAUUUUUGUUGUAGACACUUGAUGAGGAGAAUAUAUCCAAGUAAUAUGGCAGUCAUCUCCGCCUUUUUGUAAACCACUUUUGAUCUAAUGAAACUUGUAUCGAUCUUUCAUCCCCAAAAAAAAACAAAAGACUUAUGCUGAAAA